CGCCCGUCACAGGGUUGGCAGACGUGAGAAGAAGCGAAGAUGGCGGAGUGAGGGGAGGCUCGGCCAUCUGGCCGUUUGGCCUCCGGGCCGGGGGCUGGCAGGCCCCCGGGACGCCGAUUGCGUCUGCUGGACCAUGCGAGAAUCCUUAUCACACAGGAUGAACAUUUUCCUGUUAGGUGCUUUUCUAUUCAUCUCAACAAAAUUCUGAACUCAGGAUGUGGCAGCGAGUUUUCUCCAGAAGCCGCCCUCCAACUCACUAGAGAAGACCACGGCCCCGAGGGAACGCGACAGGUCCCAGGCGAGGUGCACCGAAUCCGCGAGCACAGAGUGGCACUGCGCGCACUGGAACACCGCGCAUCUCUCGGGCUGCAGCCACGACGGCAGCAGCGGGCUGGUUGGGGGUUCCUUCGCCACAUGUCCCGUCGGACCAAGUGGCGAGGACCCCUCCACCACCUGCGUGUCCCACUCCAUGGAGGUGGUAAGAGAGGUUUCGUCGAUCACUUCCUUAGCGCCGUCACAAAAGUCAUCUCGGGACAACUUUGCACAACGUGGCCGAGGCCGCCGCGGCCGAGCCGCCAUCUUCCUGCUGCGGUCUCCUGUUUUAAACUCGCCCGCAACUCAGCCCCAAGCGCGGCCCUGGUGUCCUAAGUGGACAACGUAGGCCGUGCGCUCUGCCGUAGCAGCUGGGACAAGACCCACACGCCUUCCCUGCGUAUUGGUGAGGUGUAGGGUAGAGCUCGAGCCUGCUGGGCUGGAAAAUCAGUUUUUCUAUUGGGCCGCGUUAGAAACCCCGCCUUCGAGGCAUUUUCAACCAAUGGAAGUGCAGCGUUCUUGUUUAAACUGAUUAUAAAGUUCUACUGGGCCAACGCCGAGAGUGGCGCCAGAGCUUUGAACGGCGUUGUUUACGUGAGCGGACUGAUUCUCUGCGGGUCUCCUGCUGGUUUAUAGAACGCGAUGACCGUCCCUUCUGCGGAGGAGCUGGAGUCCUUCAAGUACAGUGACCUGCAGAACUUAGCCAAGAGUCUGGGCCUCCGGGCUAACCUGAGGGCAGACAAGUUGUUAAAAGCCUUGAGAGCCCAUCUUAAAUAUGAAGAAAGAAAAGAAAAUAAGAAUCAGGAUGAACGUCAAACUUCUGCAUCCUCCAAGGAUGAAACUAUUAUACAGAUUCACAGUCAUGAACAAGACAAGAGGGAGCGAAUUGACAAUGUCACUAAAAGGAGAAGGUGCAAGACAGUUCAUGGGGACCCUGACUCCCAGCAGGAUCAUUCUGAGGUAAACAUAAAUGAUGAUACUGAAUUCCAGAAUCGAGAAAAGCAGGAAAACCAGGAUCUUGGAACUACUGCAAAAGUUCCCUCUCUGCUGGACCAGAGUCAAGGAAAUGAUAAUGUUAUUUCCUCAGGAAAAAGUGAGACAAAUGACAAUGAAGAUUCAAAGGGACCUUCAGAAAGAAAUUCUCACUACACAGAUGGGUUUUCCAAACUUGGAAACAAUAAAAGAACUGCAGUCAAUACUCCAAACUUUAAGAAACUUCAUGAAGCUCGUUUUAAGGAAAUGGAGUCCAUUGAUGAAUAUAUUAAGAGAAAAAAGAAACAUUUUGAAGAACACAACUCCUUUAAUGAACUGAAGAAGCAGCCUGGCAAUAAGGGAGGGGUAAUAACUCCAGUUCCUCCAAAAGGAAGACUCUCUGUGGCUUGUACACCCAUCAGCCAGCGACGCUCGAAAGGCCAAUCACAUGGCCCUGCAAGUCGGAGCACUAUGUGUCUGAAGGGGUCAGUUAAGCACUCUGCUCUCUCAGCAGCUAAAAUGAGUGUCAGGUUUUCAGCUGCUACUAAAGAUAAUGAGCAUAAGCAUUCAGUGACCAAGACUCCAGCUAGAAAGUCUCCACAUGUGACAACAUCUGGGAAAACCUCAGAAGGCCAUGCUGUGCUUGGGACACCCAACUUAAAGUCCAACAGAGGGAAUUCUGCUGCAGUUAUUACACCAUUCAAGUUGACAACUGUGGCAGUGCAGACUCCAGUCUCCAAUAAGAAACCAGUAUUUGAUCUCAAAGCAAGUUUGUCUCGUCCACUCAACUAUGAGCCACACAAAGGCAAGCUAAAACCAUGGGGGAAAUCUAAAGAAAAUAAUUCUCUGAAUGAACAUGUCAAUAGAGUUACCUUCCACAAGAAAACCUAUAAACAACCUUGUCUCCAGACCAGGGAAGAGCAACGGAAGAAACAUGAGCAAGAACGAAAGGAGAAGAAAGCAAAAGUUUUAGAAGCUCGAAGGGGCUUGGUUAUGGUUAAAGGUGAAUAAUUUGUUAAUGUCCUAUAAAUGUUCCUUUAUUCUGAACUUGUUUUCUGAAAUUAUGUAAAUAUUUUUAUACUAUCUUUCCCACUUUAGUUAGAUCUUUCUCUGUUAACUUUUAUUCAUAAUCUGUGUAGCAUCUUAUGUGUUGUGAAUGACAUUAUUAUCUUUGGAAUGGUUUUUAUCUAAGUCCUUGUACAGCCCAGUUUUCUCAUGAGACCCACCUUAGAGCUUAACCUAGAUCUUUAAUCAAGGUCCUUCUGUUUCUAAUAUUAACAGUCCUGCAGUCCUCAAUGCAAUAGCAUUUACCGGAUGACAGCUAGUUAUACCACAAGCUUCAGUAGAAUCUGAACAAUAAAAAGUUAAGAAUAGGGAAAACUUGGACCAAAAGGCCACCUCUUUUCCUCUAAUGUAAAAUUCUGUAUCUUAUUCUAGCCUUGCUUAUUUAAAAAUAAAAGCUAUCGAUUUGAGACAGAUGGGGGUAUAGCUUAGUACUACAGUACCUGUCUAGCAUAUACCAGGCCCCAGCACCUAAAAAAAUAAAAUAAUAUUACUGCUUUUAGGAUCAAAAUUCUGUCACUAUCAGAUUUGUAUCUUAAAAAUUUUAUGGAAAAGACCAGAGUUGCUUGGCAUUAUAUUCUUGUUAUUUGUACUAAUUAUGUAGAGCUUUCAAGUUGUAUACUGUUCAAGAAUUUCAUAAAUAAAAAGUUUUUUUCAUUGU